CACUGUUUCCGAUAAUAAAGUUUUCAAUGAGUUACAGUCCCUUAGAAGAGAAGUGCAGUCCAUUAAAGGCAAAAUGCAGUGCAUUAAAUGAGAAAUGGAGCCCCUAAUAAACUUGUGGCGCAAUUGGUCUCAGUAAAUAAGUCAACCGGCGUGACCAUCUUGGGAACCGGGAAGUCGUCCAUUGACAAUAGUCAACUGGAAUUUCCCUUGGCAACUGAAGAAGAGUUUAGUCAACUGGAAGCGUCACUGAAAAGCCCGAAAUUCAAAGAUUCAUUCCUGACGAAAAUGGCUGGGAAUUUAUCUUUCAAUCCGCAGUUUUCAUUGAGACGAAUGCUUAAUUAUGUUCUGGAGCCUAAGCUGUCAAAUCGUUUCACAGCAUUCGGAACGCCAAAGAAGUUAGCCAUCACAAAAUGCUACUUCUAUAAUGUUAUAACGUCCGUCAUUGUCAGCAAGUUCGUUUGUGCUACAAUGACCGAGGACGAAUUUAUGAAAAAUUUGACAAAGACUGCAAGGGCCUUCUUCCACGACAUACGUGAUCGUGUAACAAAAAGGGCGAGCCGGCGAAGAGUGGCAGUUGACAAUGGAAACAAUGACCAGAGGAUCUCUCCUGACAGUUCAAUGGAUCUACUUGAUGAUGGGAAGCAACCGUAAAG